AUGACAAAUAAAAAUAAAAACACUAAAUUUUAGGUUUUAUUGUUGUUAUUAUUAUCAUUCAACAUAAUAAAAUCUCAAACAAUAAACCUGUAGAAGAUAGUAAAUUUACAAUCAAAUGAAAGAUACAUUCAAAGCUUGUCUGAUUUUGUGAAAGAACCAGCGUAUGAACUAGAUUUGGUUCCAUCAGCAUCCUCUAGUCUACUGCAGCCUUAUAGCUUACUAUCUACAGAUAAGAAUUCUCCUCCAUUGUUAGAUAUAGCUACAUUUAACUAAGGAGUAUCAACCAAGUAUAUUAUUGGAAUACAAUAAGUUAUUCAGCAAGAUAAAAUUUAGCUCUCAUUAGUCUACCAGUAAUUGAGUAUAGAUAAAGAAUGCUCUUGUAUAAAAUAAAAAACAUUUAAUCCAUAGCCUUUAGAUGAAGUUUAAGCUAGCUCUGAUUAGCUGAAAUUAUAUGGGAGUUUUUAUUCAAGUACUGCAGGUUUUAUAUCAUACAUGGCAGGAAAUGUUUACAAAUCAUACAACUUCUAAAUUAAUAGUCAGGGAGAAGCAACUUUUAAAUAUCUCAGUGGUGUCUCAUUAUAUGAUCAUGUUGCAAUCUUAGGACCUCAAAACUCUAUAUACAUAAUUUAAAUAGCAAACAAUUACUACCAGCUACUUAAAUUUGAUGAAUCUUUUAAUUAAAAAUUUGUUAAGGAAACAUAUGAAGAUUGUCAAGCUGAAAUACAUUUGAUUGAUACUGGAAGGAAUUUCUUUAAUUAUUGUUAUUCUAUCAAAGGCUCUUACAUAAAAACAGUUUCGAUAGAUUUUACAGUAGAAAAUUUUUAAUUUACUUAGAUUGAUUUGAAUAUGGAUUAAGUAGUCACACCUUAGCUUUAAAGAAUUGGAAACUAAAUCUUCAUUGGUCUUACAGAUUAAUUGAACAAAAAAUUUACUAUUUUGACAUUAAAUUCAAAUCAAAGCAUCAUUGACUAACAGUUAAGUUUAUAAUCAUAGGUUACAAUAGAUUUAACUCCUCUAUUUAUAGUAAAGUUCAUCUCAACAAAUUUACUAAUGUUCUACCCAAGUAGCGUUCUCCACUAUAGUAGUAACAUGAUCUACUUAUAUGAUUUGAACAACUAAGUUUUAAUCUAUGAGAACUAUGUCUGUGAAUUUAAUCUCUACAUAAAUAAAGUAGAAAAUCUAGGAAAUCAAAUUAUGAUAUAUCUUUAUGAUAAAAUAGGAAAUUAUUAAAGUACUCUUGCAGCUGAAAUAAAUAACCCCUCCUUAAUUAUUCAAACCUAAACUUCAACUACAGAACCUAUAACUUUGAAUAUAAAGACUAUUUCUACUACUACUUACCAAGUGUAAAUUAAUGUUAAUAUAGUUUAACAAAAUACAAUUUUAUUUACUCAAAGCUUAGUAAGUUUACAAAAUACAAUCGAAAGCAUUCAAACUCAAAAUUUGUACACUAUUCCUAUUGAGGACUUUGUUGUAGGCUCAGACUUAGAUUUAACUGUAACAGUAGAUCAAUCUAAAGGAGCUAUCUUAAAUCCUAAGAUCGUUAAGUAUUUACAAAUACAAGGUAAUGAUUAAAAUGUUAUUGAUUAAUCUUGCUUAUCCUACUAAACAGAUGGGUAUUUUUCAUCUAUGUUCCUGUGUCCUGUUUAUUUCCCUUAAUAAGGGUAAGUUUAUUAUUUACGUGCAGUUAUUCCAGGCUGUUAAGGAUAAACAGGUUAAUAAAAAGGAGAUUUUGUAAGUUAUAGAAGUAAAAACGUCUUUAAAUAUCCUUUGGAGUAUAUAGACAACUAUGGUUCUUUCAAUUUAAAAAUAGUCCCACCUACUUCUGAGAUUUACAUUUACAUACCUUAUAUUGAUUUCUCCUAAGGUAUAGGAGGAUAAUUUAAAUAUAAUAAGAUACAAGUUUUAUGCUCAGAAAUCAAUUUCACAUUUGCUUCAGAUCCUGCUUACAAUAUUCUGUUUACUCUAUGUGGUAAAACUGUUACAUAGACUAUUUUUAGAUUUAGUUCAAGUGAUGAAUUGAUUCAAGAAGUUAGUACUUAUAAUCUAGAUAUUGACUCUUCAUAGCUGACUAAUCUCAUUUGCAUUUAAGGCACACUUUUUAUGUAUAAUAGCAUAAAUAUUAUCGCCUAUGACUAUAUAAACCCAGGUUUUAUCGGUUAGAUUAGCAUUCCAGCAAUUGCUUAAGGAAAGAAAUAAUAAGUUACUCUUUUUAAAUCUUCCUUUUUGAUAACCGUCCUUGAUGAUCCACUAACAACAAUUGCUUAAUUCUCAUAUAACAACUUUAAAACAAAUGAUCCUACUUUUAUGAGAAAUUUAUAAAUUGAUGAAAAACAUCAUGUAAAUAGUUAAGCAGUUAUCAUUCCAAAAAGAUAGUCAGAAUAAGAAUUUGCUUAUAUCUUAUCGACUAAGCCAAAUACCUAUUAUAUGUAUAGGAUAAACAGUAAGUUGUGGUCUAACUAACUCUAUGCUACUUUUACAUUUGAUUCUAAACAAACUGUAAUAAGCUCAUAUCUCUUGUAUAUGAUCAAUCCUCAGUAAUAUACUUUUAUCCUUGAAGAGGCUAGUGUUUUAUAUUAAUUAGGAAUAACUUCUGAUGAUUUCAAUUCUAAUUUAUCCCAAAAUGCUCUAAUAAAUCUUUAGAUUUCCUAAUAAAACCAUGUGGUUAAAUCAUAGAAUCUGAAGAGUGUAAAUUCUGAAUAAAGAAUCAUUUAAAGCUUAUAAUCAGAAACAAGCUCUCUAAAUAUUAACUAUAUAAUAAAUAGAAAUGCUAGCGCCUAGUAUGGUGUUGUUAAUAACUAAGCAAGUACUUUGUAGCAAAUUAGAACCUAAAUCUAAGACUCUAACUUCUAAGUUGGUUAAAUUUUCUCAUUCUAUGACUGGUAAGUGUUUAAUAGUUGCAUUCUUGGGUGGUAAAAUGAAGACUCCUAUUCUAAAGUUAUUUAGAGAAUAUAAACCUAACAAGAAGGUGUAGAUAAAUAAGUGUUUACUAUUUUAUACAAAUUUUAAGCGACUAUAUAUAAAGAGAGUAUUCAAAGUUUCUUUUUGAUUUAAGGAUAAUUUCAAGGAUGUGUAGUUUUAGAUGACAUGGGUUCUUUAUAAACUAAUGAUAACUUGAACUAUUAAUUCAAUUUAUAUGUUAUCUGUGAGAAGUAGAUCAGUCAGUACUAAAUACACUAUUCAGUAGAUUAGCAAACCAACAAAAUUAUAACUUCUUCAGUUUCUACCCAAGGUACUUAUACAAUAACUUCUUAAGGAGGAUGGAGUGUUUUGUCAUUUAAAAGAAUAAUAAGUGCUAAUAAUUAGUUAAUUUUAUACUCAAAUUCAUUUUUAGAAAAUAUUUGCGAAGUUAUUUUAGAUAGCUAAACUCAAUAAGCUUAAUAUAAUUGGUUAUAUGGGUUUUAUUAUGAAGCUAGCAUUAACAUAGUAUAAAUAUAUGAUACCUAAUUGACGAUAUACCCCAAUGGUUUAAUUUAAACUUUAUUAAGAUCAAAAAAACAAUUGGCAGCUUACAACAUUGCUACUCUUUUGUAGUAAUACAAUUUUAUUGUUUCAGGAAAUGAUCAAAUUUCAUAAGUAGAUCAAUAUGAAGAUACCAAAUUUAGAAUAGCAUUUAAAAAUUCAUUUGUAUAUGAUAUAACAUUUAAUGUAGAUGCUAUUGGAUAGUUGAAAAUAUCAUCUGUGACUUAAUAUUAUUACUAAGAUGCAUUCUCUAACUAUAUUUCAGGUUUUAUAGGUACAAAAUACACUUUAUUGUUUGGGGAAAAUAAUUAAAAAAUAUUCACAAUUGCUUUAUACUCUAAUUCAAACAAAAAACAAAAUAUCUAUUUAAUUGAGUCAACAAUAUAGAUUUAAAGUGGAUAUAUCAACAACUCCCCUUCAAGUAUUAUAGAAUUUAAUCCCAACAAAAUAUAAAUUAAUGAUGUUACUGGAAAAUUUAUUAUCUUAAAUGUUGAGGAUGCACUAGGUAUAUAAAUGAUCUAAAGUGAAAAUUCAUUGUCUUAAAAAGCAAAUACGUCAAUUCAACCUUUAGGAUAAAACAACCCAGAUAAUUCUAUAACCUUUUUAUUAACAGCAGGAACUAAAUCCUCAGCAUCAAUACAACUCUUUAAUUUAAUAAGCAUUAUUAAUAUCAUAAUAUUUUUAUUUUGA